AUGAAGCAGUUCACUUUCCUCCUGGCAACCAUUCAGCUCGCCUCGUCCUCCUCGGCCGAUGAAACCACCUGCUAUAGACCCAAUGGACGCAGGUCCCCCAACCAUGACGCGAAGAAGUGCAACGGCGUGGAGGGCGCCGUGAGCAUGUGCUGCGCUCAGUCCGAUGAAUGCCUCAAAAAUGGCCUCUGCAAGGUCGCGGGCGAUAAGCCCUCGAACACCUCCGCAAUAUAUUGGCGUGACACGUGCUCGUUAUCGUCCUGGCCUGACGUGGGCUGUUUGAAAGUUUGUGCGGAUGGCGAUUUAGAAUCUGAGAACACACAAAUGACCCCCUGCGAUGGCACGGAUUAUUCCGAGAAGUGGUGCUGCGGUAUAACGGCCGAUUGCUGCGGAACUAAAGACGAGGUGUCUGUCCCGAGGAACAUUUACAUAUCCACAUCCCUAACGAACGGACUGUCCACAUCUACGUCCACACAAACAAGUGCACACUCUCAAACUAGGUUCACAUCAGCCAGGGCCGAUCCUACCUCAUCGCUUAGUUCAAGUCAAUCGUCAAAGCCCGAAUCGUCGUCAGAUCUUUCCACAGGUGGAAAAGCGGGCAUUGGCGUUGGCGUUGCUGUGGGUGCCAUCGCGGUGAUCGGAUUGUUGACUUUCUUCCUUCGUCGAAAGCACAAGAGCAAACACCCUGCCUUGACGGUGCCGAUGAUGUAUGUAACAAGCUCAUGCGAUGCACGUGAACUGGACGCCGCGUCUGUUUAUGAGAAACCUGCUGGGGCUGAGGACUCGAGGCAUGAACUACCAGGUGAUUCGGCACCUACAGUAACCAGGCGGUAG